AUAAACAGAGGGAGAGAGAGAGGGGAGGGGGGAGACAGAGACAGUCAGUCACUGAGAGAAAGAGACAGAGACAGUCAGUCACAGAGAGACAGAGACAGUCAGUCACUGAGAGAGACAGUCACUGAGGGACAGAGACAGACUGAUACACUGGAAUACCUGCUGAUACACAGACAGACCCCCUUAGACAUCACUGAGAGACAGUAAGUGGGACUGUCACCCAGAGAGACAGCAAGAGUGUCUGGCACACUGAGCAAGAGAGACUGGUAUCCUGAGAGACAGUAAGAAAGACUGGUAUCCUGAGAGACAGCAAGAAAGUCUGUCACCAUGAGAGACAGCAAGAGAGACUGGCACACUGAGAGACAGUAAGAGAGACUGGCACACUGAGAAACUGGCACACUGAGAGACAGCAAGAGAGACUGGCACACUGAGAGACAGUAAGAGAGACUGGCACACUGAGAGACAGUAAGAGAGACUGCUACACUGAGAGACUGGCACACUGAGAAACUGGCACACUGAGAGACAGCAAGAGAGACUGGCACACUGAGAGACAGCAAGAGAGACUGGCACACUGAGAGACAGUAAGAGAGACUGCUACACUGAGAGACUGGCACACUGAGAGACAGUAAGAGAGACUGGCACACUGAGAGACAGCAAGAGAGACUGGCACACUGAGAGACUGGCACACUGAGAGACAGUAAGAGAGACUGGCACACUGAGAGACAGUAAGAGAGACUGGCACACUGAGAGACUGGCACACUGAGAGACAGUAAGAGAGACUGGCACACUGAGAGACAGCAAGAGAGACUGGCACACUGAGAGACUGGCACACUGAGAGACAGUAAGAGAGACUGGCACACUGAGAGACAGUAAGAGAGACUGGCACACUGAGAGACAGUAAGAGAGUCUGGCACACUGAGAGUCUGGCACACUGAGAGACAGUAAGAGAGACUGGCACACUGAGAGACUGGCACACUGAGAGACAGUAAGAGAGACUGGCACACUGAGAGACUGGCACACUGAGAGACAGUACUGGCACACUGAGAGACUGGCACACUGAGAGACAGCAAGAGAGACUGGCACACUGAGAGACUGGCACACUGAGAGACAGUAAGAGAGACUGGCACACUGAGAGACAGUAAGAGAGACUGGCACACUGAGAGACUGGCACACUGAGAGACAGUAAGAGAGACUGGCACACUGAGAGACAGUAAGAGAGACUGGCACACUGAGAGACUGGCACACUGAGAGACUGGUACUGCAGAGACAUCAGGGGUGAGUGCAUCUAAGAAGAAUAGGGUCAUAGAGAGAAGGGGCCAUCGCUAGCUAUUGGGUGGUAAGUGUUAAAUCAGUUUAUUUAACUAGAAGCUUCUGCCCAAUGAAAUCCGACCUUACAUUAGAAGCAUUGAUAUCUAGAGCCCCCCUUGAUAUCUAGAGCCCCCACACUGCAUUCAAUAUAUGGGGAGCUGAGUGCAGGCUGAGUGGAAGGAAGUUUUCUACAGAGAAUAUUGAGCUGUCUCCAUAGUUUCUGCAAACAUUGAUACUUCCAAUAAAUCCACCGACAGGAGAUACCCAGUAACAGCCUGGAAGGGUAGAAUGGAGGAGGGGUACCCAGUAACAGCCUGGAAGGGUAGAAUGGAGGAGGGGUACCCAGUAACAGCCUGGAAGGGUAGAAUGGAGGAGGGGUACCCAGUAACAGCCUGGAAGGGUAGAAUGGAGGAGGGGUACCCAGUAACAGCCUGGAAGGGUAGAAUGGAGGAGGGGUACCCAGUAACAGCCUGGAAGGGUAGAAUGGAGGAGGGGUACCCAGUAACAGCCUGGAAGGGUAGAAUGGAGGAGGGGUACCCAGUAACAGCCUGGAAGGGUAGAAUGGAGGGGGGUACCCAGUAACAGCCUGGAAGGGUAGAAUGGAGGGGGAUACCCAGUAACAGCCUGGAAGGGUAGAAUGGAGGGGGAUACCCAGUAACAGCCUGGAAGGGUAGAAUGGAGGGGGAUACCCAGUAACAGCCUGGAAGGGUAGAAUGGAGGGGGAUACCCAGUAACAGCCUGGAAGGGUAGAUUGGAGGGGGGUACCCAGUAACAGACUGGAAGGGUAGAAAGGAGGGGGAUACCCAGUAACAGCCUGGAAGGGUAGAAUGGGGGGUGAUACCCAGUAACAGCCUGGAAGGGUAGAAUGGAGGGGGGUACCCAGUAACAGCCUGGAAGGGUAGAAUGGAGGGGGAUACCCAGUAACAGCCUGGAAGGGUAGAAUGGAGGAGAUCAGUGCUGCCAGGGGGAGAGGGAUGGACUCCACACACUGCUAUUCUACAAGGAAUGAAAUGACUGCAGCAGAGAGAUAAUCUAAAUGGGAGAUUAGACUGUAGGUCUGGGUAUACUGUCAGGGUAGUGUGUGGAAGGCAGAUAUUCUGUAUGUGUUUUUGGGUGAUAUUAUACAGUGUCUAACAUUUAAUCCCAUAUCUCUUUCAGACACUGGCACAUGUAAGAGCUGACACCCUGCUGGAUUAUGGCCUAGGACGGACAAGGCUGGCUACAUCACCUCAGUCUUGCAUCUUUCUGGAGUGGAUCUGAGCACAGUGCUGUCACUUGUCCCACAAUUAAUAUUGAAACCAAAAUUGGCUAAUCUGUUUACAGUUAUUAAUAAACUCCAUUAAAAGGGUAGGUAAUUUUUAUAAAUCUUUUUGACAAACAGUAGUUUAUCUGAAGUCUAUACCUGCGCAGAAUUAUUUUUCAUAUAUUAUGUAUGUGUAUGUGUGUGUGUAUUUACAUACUCUGUAGCUCACAAAUGGCUUAUAGCAUUCAGAGCAUUAUGGGAGAUGUAGUCCAUGGCAGAGCUGUCGGGCUCCCUGCUAUAACAUAUCUGUCUGACUUUGACUGUAAUGACCGUGUGAUUAUUACAUUGACAGCCAUUGUUCUUGUAACAAAAUGCAAUCCCAGCUUUAUAUUCACCUUACCAGAUCUAGUCAUUGAGGGGCCAGUUAAUUCACAUAUCUCAUUCUGUUGUAUGGCUUACGUGAAUCUAAUGGAAUUGAUUUGAGUUGGUUUCAUGGCUUUGUUCUCAGUUGUGAAAAUGUCCAUUACAGGAAUGAAGUGAAGGACUUGGUAUUUUUUUUUUUUUAUUAAUGCUUAGAGGGAACGAUAACAAAGUGAUUUGAUUCAAACCAAAUUGUAGAAAAUAAAAAUUCAAAAGGCGCGAUUGAGGCCUAUGAAUUGUGCCUUUUUGGUUUUUAAUUUGCUAUAAUUUGGAGUCAGCCACUGCUGUAAUUCACUUGAACAUGAGACCAUGCGGCGGAAUAGGAUAUUAAUGUCAAUAAUAAAUGUACCAGCACUGGAUCCUGGUGUCACCAAGCUGGUGUGUUCUAAUGACGUCCAAAACAUUUGCUCGGAGUUCACAAUCUUUCAUCCUGCGUUAUUAUGAGCUGGACUGACUGCGUAGCAGAGUCAAUUAUUUGUUCUACGCUUUGUUGAUACAACGUGAUCUGUGUUUAAAAAACACAAAAACGAUGCAUAAUGUUAGGAAAUUAUUCUGAAGAGUGAGACUUGUUUUGGAAGGUCACAAUAAGGACUAACCCCAACUUCCACCUCUGUCCUCGGACGGUGUAAACAUUGAAUAAAUAACACCCUCUGUCAGUCUCAUACAGCACAGAUAUGACAGCAGGAGACAGCUGGCAACUUUACUGUUUACUCAAGCUAUUUAACCCCAGUCUUUCUCAGAUAUAUUGGGUAGAUUAUCUAAAUCUUGAUGAAUAUAAUAUUUGUACCCUGUCUUCACUUGAUGUGUCUGUAUUUUUAACAUUAAAUCAAGAAUCAUGGGGAUUCGACAGGGGACUUGCAAAUUUUGGCCACAAUGGCUGCUCAGUUUGUCUAUUUUGGGUGUGCAAUUUGCAGUUUUUUUUCCUUUUAAUUGUCUGUAAUUUCCUCGUUUGGAGAAAAAUCCCCAAUAGAUUUUAUUUGUAUAAUUAAAUCCUCUGCCAUGAACUUGUCUUUUAAAAUGUCUUUGGGGUAGUGUUUUAACCCAAACUUUCCUAUGUAUGCAGCCCUGUAGUAUACACCGUCUGUGAAUGCUUACUCUAACCUACAAUAGAUAGCCUAGCUGAGGUCAUUACUGCACUACAUGUAUUCCUAAUGCUAUAUUGUCCGACUAGCUAAUUCAUAAAUGUGUCCCCCCACUGUAUGGCCAAAAAAUGCAGAUUUACUGAGAACAAAGCAGCAUUUCAUCCUGCGCUGAGCUGAUUUUCUCUGUGUUCACCCUACUUUCCUGGCUGAGAUCACCAAUCUUGCUGAUCUCAGCCAAUCCAAUGUUUCCCCAUAGGGAACAAUUGGGAGCCAUGCGUGGCAAAUCGUCUGUCUGUACCAAUCCGCAUCACCUCAUAGAGAUGCAUUGAAUCAAUGCAUCUCUACGGGGAGCGUUCAGUGUCUCCAUGCAGAAUGUGGAGACACUAAAUGUCGGUCCUGCAAAGAUUGCACAACCUGGUUCAUCAAGUAAUUUUGGUGGCUCUGGAAUGACAGCCACUAGAGUUGGACUUAAGCAGCAUUAUAAAUGCUGCCUUUUCUUUAAAAGGGCAGCAUUUACAAUUCUUAGUCUGCAUGGACAGGCUAUAUGCCCCACAAACACUGCAUUAAGUGCCUACAGUGUCCCUUUAAAUGAUGCGUGUUGUUGAACUGUUUAAACUUUGUGCAUGCUGUACCAGCGGGCUGAGCCACAUGUUGCUGUGCAAUGUUACCCGCUCUCUGGCAUUAAUAAGUUAACUGAGAAAUAUACCGGAUCUAGGCAAAAAUAGAUGGACAUUGUCUGAGAAUCCUAGUAUUGGGAGACAUGUUUCUAUUUUAUUAUGAAGCUGAUAUUAUUAGUCGCUUCCUUUAUUUUAGAGGCACCUGUCAAAACAUAAUUAUGUAUAUAGUCUCCAGACAAACUAGAAUAGCAUAUCACAUGUGGUCUAGUUUAGGAAUGAUACAUAGUUAUCCAAAUGGGGCUUUCUUAACCAGAGCACAUACUGGUGUGACUCAGUUUGUAGACAUGCUUCCCAAAAUAUACCGUGCUGGGUGUGGAUCCUGGCACAGUAGCAAACAGCAUUCUGGGAUUAGAAUGUCGUGAAAGCGGUGAGUCUUUGUAUAGCUCAAUGUAUAGCUUCAUAUAUCGCAGUAAAAGUAGCCCAGUUUUCCUUGUUAAAUUUACAUUUUUCAUCUACCUUUUAUUAGCAUGUUUCAACUUGCAAUAGAAAAUGCACAUAUUAAUUGCCUGUUUCAGUUUUGUUGUUGAGUUUGUACACAUUACUUAACGAGACUUCAAGUCAUUGUCUCUAAAAAUGUCCCUAAUAUUGUCACAUGAACCAAAUGUCCAAUGUCUUGGUGAAAGAUUCACAGCUGCUAGACAAGGGACAGGGAUGUGAGGCUACCCCCCCUCAAAAAAACAAUGGCUCCUGAAAAGUAUAAUGUACUGCUCCUGUUCAGGGUACAAAAGAUCUUUGCUUUAUGUUUGAUCUCUUGAAAAUGUCAUUGUUCUCACGCAAGCUUUUAGAAAACAGGAGAUGUCCUCAGAUUGCAAAAAAAAGAUACAUUUUGGGGUGUUUUUUUCCUUCUGUUUAUUGCUGGAAUGGUCGAGUAGACAGCUCGGCUGAUGCAGAAUUUAUGCUUUUUUUUAUCAUCUCUGUUGGUAGUCCAUCAUGCUGGUUGCAGUUCUACAAGAGAUGGGGAUGCCUGCCUUUUUGUUCCUAACCCCAAUGCAUAUGUUUUCUGUCCAUAAACUCCUAGAAUAAAUGAAAAUCAGUUCACUAGGCCAUUUUCGUGCUUACCUCUUUAAUCUUUCCUUCCAGAGAGUUUGCUGAAAAUCAAAUCAUGGGAGAUUAUUAUGAAAUCCUCGGGGUGUCUCAAAACGCCAACCAGGAUGACAUUAAACGAGCGUAAGUUAAUAUUAUUAUGAAGUUAUAAUGGUAGCUGUACAGUUAAGGAAUUAUGGAGUGCACUAUGUGAAUUUCUUCACAUUUGUCGGACAGAACUGUUAUUAGAAGGCAGGGCAAUGUGUUUAAAUGUUCCUGUCUGAGUUGCAAACUGAGGUUUGUUCUUUAAACCAUUAUUUGAUGAAUGAGUUGCAAAAUAAAGGCAAAAAUAGCACGGAUGGGACAACUGCCAGUUCACCUAGUUAUUUGGACUAAAUUUGAUCAAGGCUGAAAUGGCAUGAAGGGGGAAAACAGUAUAUACAUGACCCCCCCUCCUAUAAUUGAAUAAAUGGCGCCCUCUGUAUGUACUGGGGAGCUUGAGAGACAAAGUACAUGGUAUUUAAUAUAUAAAGUUAUGUUUGCUGCGUCUUGUGUUCAAAACCUGUCAUUCGUUAUCCUUGUCACAGGUAUCGGAAGCAAGCUUUGAAGUGGCAUCCUGAUAAAAACCCAGACAAUAAGGAGUAUGCAGAGCAAAAAUUUAAAGAUAUAGCUGAGGCCUAUGAAGUUCUGUCUGAUGGUAAGUGGUUGUGAUUCUUUCAACCUUCCCUUCCCAAAGGCUGAAAAGACUAAUCUCAAUCACUCUCUCUGUAUCUCCAAAUUGCCUAAUAUCCAAACUGUCAUCCCUUUCCUAACAAUUACAAAUAAAUGUACCAGAUCCAGUACAAAAACCACGGAGAGACAGUCACUAAUAAUCUCCCCAUGCUUGCGCGAGUGGGAGACACAAUAUACCGUGUAUAGCGAGUGGGAGACACAAUAUACCGUGUAUAGCGAGUGGGAGACACAAUAUACCGUGUAUAGCGAGUGGGAGACACAAUAUACCGUGUAUAGCGAGUGGGAGACACAAUAUACCAUGUAUAGCGAGUGGGAGACACAAUAUACCGUGUAUAGCGAGUGGGAGACACAACAUACCGUGUAUAGCGAGUGGGAGACACAAUAUACCGUGUAUAGCGAGUGGGAGACACAAUAUACCGUGUAUAGCGAGUGGGAGACACAACAUACCGUGUAUAGCGAGUGGGAGACACCAUAUACCGUGUAUAGCGAGUGGGAGACAGGGCAUACCGCGUAUAGCGAGUAUGAGGCAGGACAUACCGCGUAUAGCGAGUAUGAGGCAGGAUAUACCGCGUAUGGCCAGUGCGAGACAUGAUAUACCGCGUAUGGCCAAUGGAAAAGUGACUUGACAAUGUCAUGGCUGUAGUAGUAAUCGGUUACAUCUCCUCCUGUUUAAACCUAUCAACCUUACAUAGUUAUCCCUUCUUUCCGCAGUACACAAACGAGAAGCAUAUGACCGUUACGGCAAAUCUGGAAUCUCUGGAGCAGGUGAGUUUAUUUCCUGUGUGUUUAUAUCUCUGACCAUAUCUCCUGAGCAUUGUGUUCCUCCUGUCUGUUUUCUGGUUUUUUUUGUUUUUUUUUUUCAGAUAUUUUCCUGCCUCUCAUUAGGUGGCCAGAUUUACCCCCUAUCUUUAUCCUCUCUCUGUUUUAACCUUUCUGAGGUUUAUAUUAUUUUAUCACAGUAUCCAUUUUCAUCCUUCUUACUUUACACGCUUUCUGUAGGAUAAGAAACUGAUCUUUUUUUCUCCCAAUCCUCCAUUAUCUCUAGGUUCUGCCCAAUCAUCUUCUGACAAUGCAUUUUCUGGAUUUGAAUUCACAUUUCGCAGCCCGGAGGAAGUGUUUCGGGAAUUCUUUGGAGGGAGAGAUCCCUUCUCUGAUUUAUUUGGUAAGGUUCUCAAUGGCUAAUCCAACCAGACAGGACAUUAAAGAUACUCUGUAUCACAUUGUCCUCCUGGCUACAAUGUUUGUUUUCCUAUGAGUGUGUAUGAAGCCAUAGAUGGUCACACUUGUUCCCCAAAUAUAUGUGGUUGUACAAAAUGAUGUCCCUGUUCCAUAGAACUUUUAAUUUAUAUAAUAUCCUUGGUGGAGACAAGGGCGCUAGUGUUGACUACAAUGUGAGUAGAAGGGCUAAGCCAUUUGUAAAUUCUAGUUUCCCUUAUCUAACCCUGUAGUUUGGCCAUUUGGUGUUUUUCACUUCAUUUAGUGAUUCCCAUCACCGUGUAUUACAAUUAUAUAAGCAAUUUGGCUAACAGUAAGUGUCUCAGUAAGGAAUCAUAGUACAUUUUAGAUUUGAUCAGAUAUCUGCUUAAAGGGUUACUUUGAGCACCAUAACCACUGCUCCCUACUGAUGGUAGGAGGAUCCUUGCACCAUUUUCCAUUAAGUAUCUAGAGAACAAUCCUCUCUGCGAUAAUAAUUGCUGUACGGCAUCCUCUUUAAACCAAACCACAGAAACUGGAAUGAAUGCUUUCAAAAGGUUCACGUUUGUACCAUGUCUUGUCUUGUCUUUUUUCUGUUUACCGUUAUUUUUGUUAAUUACCAUUUACAAUACCUUCCUCCUCUGUUUCUUUCCGUCUGCUAGAUGACUUUGGUUUAUUCUCCAAUAUGCGCAAUGAUGGCGCUCAGCGUUCCUUUUUCUCGCACUCCUUUCCAUCUGACUCAGGUAAUCUGAUUCACUCUUUCAAGGGACAAAUUCCUUAAGCUGGAAUCUGACAAUCACUGUCAAACACUGGGGCCAAAGCAAAUGAAUUGGGUGGGGUGGGGAAUCGGUUUAGAUUAGCUGAAAAUGUUCUCCAAUUUUGAUCUGUGUUUUUGAAGAAACGUAAUUAUAACUCACUCUUAGUGAUUAAACUGCUAUUAAUUUCCCCUCGCUCUUCAUUGUCCUCUAACCCUCUCAGUGUCUGUCCCAUUCACAGCAUUCACCUCCUUUUCAUCAUUUGGAAAUCCCAGUCUGGGGAGUUCUGGACAAUUUUGCUCUGUGUCUACCAGCACAAAGAUUGUUAAUGGCAAACGGUUAACAACCAAAAGGUAGGAACUGUGAAAUGUGUGAUGGUGAAGGCUUGCAUUUAUUGAAACUGCAUUUGGUAUUACUAUCUUGUAUUUACAAAACUUUUUUUAUUUAUUUGUGAAAAAUACUGACCUUCACAGGUUGGCAAACCUGACUAUACCUGUACAGUGCUUGAGAUAAAUGUAUUCAAAUGGUCCUUUUCACAGUUUAUUGAAUCCAUGGGGUAAAUCCAAAAAUGUGAAACUUUUCUAGCUAACGACUUCAAUGUCUCAAAAUACAAGCCUUGCCAACCGUCAGCAAAUAACGCUCUCUCUGUUUCUCUGGUAUUUUACCAAAUAGAGAAAAGAAUUGUAACCACAAUCUAAAAAUAAAAUCUAUUGCCAGGAAAGUAUAGAAGGUGUUUUUGCAUAUUGUUAAUGUUCCUAAAUUAGUUCCUUUGGAGUCCUUUCUAAAUAUUCUCCUUUUUAUGACCUGUUUGGGCUCUGACUUCUCCCUUUUACUCCCUUGUGUUUGCCAUGUGCUACUGGGCUAUAUAUUUAUUUAUCUUUAAUGCUCACUUUGCUAUGUGUUCAUGACUGUCUGCUUUUCCUCCAAAGGACGGUGAAGGACGGUGUUGAGCGCCUGGAGGUGGAAGAAGACGGACAACUGAAGUCCAUAUGGGUAAAUGGUAAGAAGCAGUCAUUGCCAAGGAACCAUAAGAAAAGCAGGAUUGAGGGAGAAUAGGAGGAUCAUGCUAGAGAAGACUAGCUCUCGUAACCAUGUGAUAUAGAAAACAUUUUCCUCCUCAAUAAAGUGUAUAAAUACCACACUGUUAAUGUAACAAAGCUUGUCUUAUACUAAAUAUCAUAGGCUUCAGGCUGGACUUGCUUUUACUUUUUGUUUCCUAUUUCUUGGCAAGAAAAGCAUAUUCAAGAUUAUUUAUAAAGAACGACUGUAGGGCAAAAUUCCAAAUGUUACCUAUCAUCAGGAGGAUUCUGUUUCUACGGCGACUAUUCCACCUUAGAACAGAGCCCCAGAACACAGUCUUCCAGGGAGCCGUAAUCUGUGAUGUUCCAGGUGUUUGAGCACAAACUAAAAAUUUCCCUGCUAGCCUAUUGGCAGUAAUUCAACACAACUGCCCCAUCACACACUUGUCUUCCAGUAACAUCUAUCUGUCCAGAAACUCCAAUAUUUCAGGACUUUACAGCAGAAUUGCACCAGUCUGUUUAAGGCACCAGAGAGAAAAGAAGCCAGGGGAUUGAGCUACAUUUCGGUGAGUGAGGGCUGGAAUGGUUUUCCAGAAAGGAGAGAGAGUGAUUUUAGGAGUCGGCAAUGGUUAGGAACCCUAUGGUUUUGUAUAGUGAUCUCAGCAGAAGUAAAAGCUCAUAUUGUCAUUUAACAUUUUUUUUUCUCUUGAUGGCAGAUGGUGUGAACAUGGUUUUAUACAAUAUGAUUACCCUCUGUCCUCUUCUCUUUAUUUUCUCUCUUCUCAGGUGUAGAAGACGAGCUGGCUCUGGCACUGGAGAUGAGCAAACGGGAGCACAGCCAGAUGCCAACUUCUAGCACUACUCAAAGGAGGUCCCCUCCCAGCGUACAGAGGUCUCAGAGUUCUGCUCCUGCGUAUUAUGUGAUGGAUAGUGAUGAUGAAGAUGAAGAUCUGCAGCUUGCGAUGGCUUACAGCCUUUCAGAAAUGGAGGCAGCGGGGCAGCACCAAGCAGGUGUGGAAUGUAGAAGUAAAGCAGGUCCAGAAAAGGAAAUGGGUGCAGGGGAGAAGCGGGGAGAAGUACGGAGAGGGGAGAAGCAGGCAGCAGAGCAACACAGACCGCACCAUGCUGGCACCCAGAAAGAUGAGCAGCGGGCAGGACUGCCACAGGAACCCCAGCCAGCAGGGGCAGGAAGCAGGGGCACAGAGGUGCUGUCUGAUGGAGAGGCUGGGGACAAGAGUAAUGAUACCAAGAGUAGAUGUUACAUCUGUUAAUGGUUUAACCUUAAUCUAUAACUAGAGACAUGCACACGCCAAAGGCAUUACCUGAGUGCAUGCCACCUGCCUACACUACUCCAUAGUGCUUUGUAAAUGGAAGAUUUUGGGUGUAAAUUAGUGAAACCUGUCUGUCCAUUAAUCUCCGACAGCUCUGUAAAUGUGCUGCUUUUGAUCCCAGUGUCUCACUAAGAGAAUUCCUGGAGACUUAAGGCAGCUUGGGACCUUGAGGCUGAAAAGCUUGAGAUGCCCUGGCCAUUUUUUAUAAUCCAGGUGGCUCAAUGCUGCCAAACCAGUCUCUGGUUAGGUAAGGGAUGCUGCAGCUGUCAUGAACUACAUUGCCCACAAUGCUUUGCCAGUCACAGCUCUACUUGUUGUGCUAGAGUAGCGGCUAAAAAGCCUGUUGGGCACAUCUGGUCGAUGAACGAAUGCCUGUCACCUGCCUGCUCCCUCACACAUUGUCCUGCAGCAUUGUUCUAUGUUUUUCCCUGCUUGCAGGAGGAUGGCAAAUCCCAUGAUGCUUUGCCAGGCUUGGGCAUUAAAAUACAAAUGCCCAAGGCUAUUGAAUACCUUACAGUAUUGUUCUCUGCGCCCUCCUUUCCCACCCUCCCCCUUACAAUAUUGUAUUGUCUUAUGCUCUGCCUGUGCUUGCUUGAAGAGACACGGCCUCAUUAAUCAUUUUGCCUACUUGUUUUGCUUUUUUAGGUGUGUUCUGAGCAUGGAUUCACAUCCCACCCACCCACCCAUAUACCUAUCAUCGCUGAGCUGAGGGACAGUGGGUGGAGCACAAACUCUCUCAGUACCCACUGCAUCUUGUCCUUGCAAACAUUUGGCAUGUGAUGGCUUUUUGCAUCCCCAAAAUUUCUGAAUUUCACCUUUCUUGCACUGGAAUUUUUUUCUAGGACUCUAAAUAAUAUGGGAGAUAUACAUAUGGGGAAGUAAUUAGUUAUUGGGAUUUCCAAUGGGCUGGACCCACCAUGCAGGAGUUGGAUAGAUAUGGACGAUGUAGUGAGGUGGUUAUUGAAUGUAAAUACAUGUUCAGUUAUUGCAGCCUUGAUGUACAUUUACUGAAGGACUGACAUAUGUUCAUUUAUAUCUUCUGCAGUGCGUUGCUAGGCGUGAAAGAGACCGUAUUACCCAUUGAGUGGGUAGGUGUACAUAUUAAUAUGGAUUUACUACAUUAAACUAAAACACUCCAAACCCCUCUCUACUUGCUUUGAAUCUAUAUACAGAAUACUUUGUGCCUGAAUGUCAAGGUUCUGAAUUGGAUCCGGAAGCAACAAAACUGAGAUAUUGUCCAUCACUUAGUGCACAUGAGUAAUGUAUUUAGAACAAUUUUGGUCUUAUCGCAAAAGAACAAGAGUGAAAUCUGUAUCAAUAAUACAAAUGUGUCUUAAGGGUUACAGAAUUAGACCCAAAAGAGAACCAUUUUACCACUUUAUUUCCCUACGACUCCCUUCUUCCCUGUAUCUGCUAUAAUCAGGGCUGGUGCAAGGAGUUUUGCCUCCCUAGGCAAACACAAAUUUGCUGCCCCCCCUUAUGCUUUGGCUACCAUGUGACAUCACAAAGCCCCACCCAUAUGAUCUGCCAUAUGGGCCAACGUUAGUGCUGCACACAGUGUCUUUUCUCUGAGAAGGCAGUGUGUCUACAUUAAAAAGCCAGCAGGGACAGGCUAUAGACACCAGAACCACUUCAUUAAGCUGCAGUGGUUCUGGUGACUAGUUUCCCUUUAAUGUGAAGUAAAUUAGAGAUCAGUGCCACUAAUAAUAUACUGGACUGCCUACCUAUCACCAGAUGAGGACAUGAGGAUGAUGGGCUCAGGCUGUAGUCUGGUUCCACUGGUCUGGUGUUAAAAGAGGCUUUCUGGAGGCUGUUUGUAACAGUGCUCACAAAAAGCAACGAACAGGAAGCAGCUUCAUUUUUUGGAGCCCCUUACACAGCUCAAUGUCUGGGCCCCCAGGGCCUGACCGUUAGUAUGCCUACAAUGCCCGCCCAUAAAUCCACCUACAUGGCCCACCCAUAGUUCGCUCACAGGGAGUGAAGCGCAUAUGUGUAAGGAAUGCAUUGUGUGUUUCUGUGUGUGUGUGUGUGUGUGUAAGGGUUGCAUUGUGUGUAGUGUGAAAGAGAGGGUUUAUUGGGUAGGAUAGGGGCUGAGAGGGGAGCAGCUCUUUAUUUUUAUUAUUAUAUUUAUUUUAAUAUACUUUUUUUUGGUAUCUUUUUUUUUCUUUAAGUUUUAUGUCUUAACCCCCCUCUUUGUAUGUCUUACUCCCAUAGGCCCCUUUGAGUGUCUCAUUUCCCCCCAGGCUCCUCUGUGCCUCUCUCUCCUGAGCCCCUCUGCAUGUCUGUCUCCCCUACUAGCCCCUCUGUGCUUCACUUUUACCCCUUCCUCUGCCUCUCUGUUUGUCUUACCCCCCUGUGCCUUAAUGAUCUCUUUCACUCCCCUGUCCCUUAGUGGUCUCAUCUCCUCUCCUUCCCCUCUGCCUUAGUGCUCUCCCCUCCCUAUCACUUUAGUGGUCCCACCUAUCCCCUCUUAGUGGCCCUGUCUCUCACCCCCCUCCCCUUGAGUGGUCCUGUCUCUCACAAUCCCCCUCCCCUCUCUUAUUGGUGCCACCCCCCCCCUCCUUCUUGGUGGUCAUCUCCCUCCCCCCUGCUUUUAUUCAGUGUUGGAAAAUGCAUUAUUUGUGCAUAUUCCCAUUGUCCUGCUAUAAGGAUAACUUCCUGACAGUGGGCUCUGCAUUUUACCCUUCCCUGAUACACUGAAAUACACACCAAUAAAACACAGCGAAGGUGAGUGAUUUCCAUGAAGUUGUUUUGGUGCUUACAGUAUCCCUUUAAUAACAUUCCAGGACAGACCAGGAUUCCUUCAUCAGUUAUGGUUUGCUUUCAGUUUUUUUUUAUUGUGUAAUUUUAAAGCUUUUGCCGUAUUUUUCUAAAACACCCAAUUGCUUAUUACUGCUGAAGCAAUGUUGAUAUGGCCAAGGAUCUACCAUCUCCUAAGUGAGUACUUGAUUAACAGAGCAUAAAAUUCAAGACACAAGACAUUUUGUUUGCAGUUACACAACCCAACACAGAUACUUUAUUCACAUCAAGAUACAAAAUUAAAGUCUAUUAUAUUUUCUAGAAAUGAUUCUCUUGGUUUUGGCGAUGAUAGUGUUUAUACAAUGCAGUAUGAAAAAAAAAAAAGGCUAAAAAAAAUAAAAUAAGAUACUCAUACUUUCGGCCCCCUGUGACCCUCUAAAAGAGAAUGCAGCAUUGUUUAGAAAGGAAAUACGGUUGAUGUUUUAUGGGGGUUGGGUUUAGGAAGGCCAUCAUGACCAACAGAUAAUACAAUUUGUACACAGGAAUAAAUAUGCAGCUUUAUUUCACUAAGAUUUGUAAUCAGAAUGAAAUAUGUCCCACGAGUCAACCUCUGUGUUAAGGUUAAUGUGUUUUGAGUAUUUCCCGUCACUAAGAACAAGAAAUAAAGUGAAAGCUGAUCUAAGUCACAAUACAUGGGACCAUCAUACCUUGUGCAGCGUGGAUCGGGCUGGCUCGGAGUAACAACUGCACCUUAAGUAACAGUAGCAGCAAAAUGAUGUCGGAUUCCACAAAGGGGAACUCCAUGCAAAUAGCCUUAUCAAAAAAUAGAAUUUCUAAAAUCCUUAAUUUCACAGGAAAAAAUGGCACUUUUUUUCAGGGCUGGAUAGUAGAAUGGGCAUGGAUAGUCCAAUCCAGGUUGCACAGUUGUUGGUGGACUACAUCUCCUAUGAACCGUAGUUGUAUAUUUGUCUCUCAGAGGUAUAUGGGAAUUGUCCUCUAACAGCUUACAAUCCCUGUAAUGCUGCUUCAUGUUAUAGGGGAGCAGGGAAAUACAUAAAUUGACAAUAUCACUGCUUAGUUUAGCAACAUUUCCAUGUGACCACAGAAGUCAUGGGAACUGUGGUCCACAACAGCUACUGUGUCGAAGGUUAGCUAAAAUGCUCCCUGGGAACAAAGAUUUCUUUUUAACAGAACAGUUUUUGAGAAACUGCAAUAAUUACAUUGCAGGACUAAGACUGCCGCUAGUGGCUAUCAAUCAGACAGCCACUAGAGGCACUUCCUGGUUGCCAAUGGACAUUUUGGUCGCCUGACACUGGACGACCUCGCACUCUGCAUGAGGACAUCAAGCGUUAAUAAAAAUGUGCAUUGCCCCUCCCCCGCCCCAUCAGAUGACGUCGGAGGAGGUGGAGCACUGAUGUAGCAAUGAGGGAAAUUGGUGCUGAAAUGUCGUAAAUGACUAAAGGUUGUUUGUUUUUUAACUCUUUAGCUGCUGGGGGGCAGAGGGCUUUAUAGUGUUAAGAAUACAAUGUUGUAUUCCUAACACUAUAGAAUCCAUUUAAUGUUGUAGUUAUUUGUGUUGCACAACAGAUUCCUAUCCAAAGGAUCCCACAUCAAGAUUUGAAUCAGCAUUCCUAUGCAUUUCACUGCCUGAGAAGAAACUGAUUAAUGUAAUAUUUACAGAUUAUCUUUCCUAAAUUUUAAUAAUCCACAUAUUACAUAUAAAAGGUGCAAUUUACUCCUGCAUACACAGAAAACGUUCUGUAAUUCCAAUCAGAGAAAGUGUUAUUGUAUCAGUGCAUGUGAAGCAGACGUUCAGAGACACAGAACCACUUUGCUACUAAAAACAUAUAGGAAAUAUUUACUAAGGAGUAAAAAGGUGAAGAGGUGGUAUUUUGAUGAAAACCUUUUAUUUUAUGCUGACAUGACAUGCUACUGAAACUCUCAAUAUAUUUGCCUGUGCAUUUCACUAUUUAGUACACCUCCCUCUCUAACUAGCGUCCGCCCACUGCGAGCAUCCAAGGUAUGAGGUAGCACAGAUAAUGGGAUGGGUGCAGGUGGUUCCAGGGGGCAAAAGCUUGGAGCGGUCAAGGCAUAAGAUUUGGUCAUGUAUGAAUUGUCCCUUGCACAAGGAGCAGAGAGUACACUAAAUGGGUUAUUUCAGGGCGGGUGAAGCUGCCAUCCCUGUACGACAGGCGCAAUAUCACAACACCAAAUGGGACAGCGGGAUGGUGGCACCUCCUUCUUAUUGUGGUAGAGCUUUAAGAAUAGCAUUGACCUCUUCUGCCACCGCUGUGAGCGCAAAUUCAAACUGGUCC